AUGGUCCGCGGCGUCGGUAGAGGCGGUCGCGGAAUGCCGGGUAGAGGCGGAAUGGGCCGACCACCCUUCAACAGACCACGGGUUCUCAUGCUGAGGCCACCAUUCGACCUUAUAUUGGCCGAGCCCGCCUUUCCCAGAUGCAAACCAGCGCCGGACGACUCGGCUUUAACUCAGGCGCUCCUCAAACGACAUGCAGAGUUAUGCCCAACACCAUCAGAGCAGGCUGCAGUCUUGUCCCUGGUCACGAAGCUGCAAACUGUCCUGGAUAACUUGGUUGUGGCCCCCGGUGAUUUUGUUGCUUGUCAAUUGGAAGAGGUACGACAGGUUGGAUCUUACAAAAAGGGCACCAUGAUGGCAGGCAAGAAUGUAGCUGACAUAGUUGUCAUUAUGAAGACAUUACCCACAAAGGAGGCAGUCGAAGGAUUGGCCAACAAGGUGAAUGAGGAGGUGAACAAACUAACACGCACGGAAGGCACCGGCGCCGUCACCUGCACCAGCAACGAGAGGGGCUUCACCGUCAGCGCGGCCGGCGCAGCCGUCCGGGUGCUUGUCACCACUCUUCACCAAAACCUUAGGAAGCUGGAGCCCGAGGUGCACUUAGACUACAAGGUCAUCAGCAGCCACCUGGCGGCGAUCCGCCACAGCAGAUGGUUCGAGGAGAACGCGCACCACUCCUCCAUUAAGGUGCUGAUACGGCUGCUGCGCGACAUGUGCGCCCGCCACUCGGGAUUGGAGCCGCUGACCCCUUGGAUGAUAGACCUCCUCGCCCACCACUGCAUCAUGAACAACCCCGCGAGGCAGGCGCUACCGAUAAACGUGGCGUUCAGACGCGCCCUGUCUCUGCUCGCUGGCGGGUUGUUCCUGCCAGGCUGCGCUGGCCUCCCGGACCCUUGCGAGGCCGCACACUCCAGGGCUCACACAGCGCUGGACCUAGCGGCGCAGGACCAUGCCGCGGCCACGGCACAGACGCUGCUGCGCGUGGUGGCGCGUGGCGGCCACCGCUACGUGCUGGGCUUGCAGCCCUUCGAGGGAGGCAAAGACAUCUCCACUGAGAUCACGGUGUGGGACGGUGUGGUGGUAUCACCACUGGCGCCAGCCUACCACGACACCCCAGAGCCCAUGGACACAGACGACAAGGACGAAGAAGGGGCACAGGACGGCGUGGCUGCU